AUGGACGAAGUAUCAAGCGAUACCGAUAUCAGCAUAACAUCAGUUCGCUCAUCCAUCCUCUCACCCUCAAACCCGCCUUCUCCUCCGCCCACCUUUCUCACCGUCUAUCAAGUCAGCCUCGUAUCAGCCUAUAAAUCUUGCGACGACCGCAUCAACAGUCUUAUGAACACUGUCGUCGACCUCGAGAUCAGCGUGCGACGCGAGCGCGAUGAACCGAGCCUCCGAUAUCUUGUGGAAGAGCUGGAUAAGGCGCAAGAGCAAUUGGUACUGUACAGAGACGUAAAGCGAAAAAAGGAGAGAGAAAUCAAAGAAGAGGAGAAGAAAUUGAAGUUGAUUGCGGGGACUGGGUCGAUCGUAGCGAAGAGGCAGUUGAACGACAUGGGCAUACAUAUGAGUAAGGAGAGAACAGUGCUCUGUCUGCGUUGA